AGGACCGGCUGGUUGACUUGCUGCCAUGAUGCACGCCCUGCUCAAACUUCUGCUCCUUCACGUACUGACAUGUCUCGGACGAAAUGCCCUUGGAGUCUUUGCAAUCAUAAAUGGGAUAAAAGUCCCGGAGAACGCGAUGCCGUAUAUGGUCUCGUUGCAGAGCGACACUGGUGAUUAUCUCUGUGGAGGAUUACUCAUCAGAGAAGAUUUUGUGCUCACUGCUGCGCACUGUGACAAUGAGAAACUUGAACAAGUAGUUCUUGGUACCAAUGAUCUCAAGAGGGCUGAUCCUGAAAAAAUAAGAUUCAUUGAGACGACAUACAAACACCCAGAUUAUAAGAGUGUAGGACUUGGGAAGGAUAUCAUGCUACUUAAACUGUCAAAAAAAGCUCCAAUAAGCAACAGCGUACAAACAAUUCGACUUCCCAGCUCACCGAGGAACCUAGGAGAAAAUGAAAAGUGCCUCGUGGCUGGAUGGGGUAAGACUUACACUCGUGGUCAAGUUGUUGAUGAGCUGAGAGAGGUGAACGUGUCCGUCAUCAACCAGACAGUCUGUGUGGAGAAAUGGAACGAUUUUCCUCUUCCUGAGAAAGUCAUCUGUGCCGGUGGAUAUAACACCAACUAUGGAUUCUGUCAGGGUGAUUCUGGUGGUCCUUUGGUGUGCAACGGAGAGCCUGUCGGUAUCGUGUCUUUCAACUGGAGCUAUGACUGUGACUACAGCAGUAACAGCCCAAACAAACCCAACGUCUACACAGAUGUCUCACAAUACCUUCCCUGGAUCAAUAACAUCCUAUGGGGUGAAUGUUUUGUUGUGUAACAGAUUGCUCUGUCUGUGUGACUUCAACUUAAA